AUGGCCGCUUUUCAGUUCUCUGUUCAGCAAGUCAGUUUCUCUUCCGAAGACUUACCUCUCGACUCCUCUUCCAUUGAUUCACUGAGCAGUGUCGUUGAUCCGAAUGUCGACUUUGUCAUGGAGACGAAUUCGGGUUUGGAUGAGAAAGAGACGAAAAAAGAAUGGAAAUCUUCAGUUUCAGCUCGGGAAUUGUUGACUACAUUUGAAAGUGUGAAGUCAGAAAAAGCAACUGAAUUGCUUGAUGAAAUUAGUGAUAUAAAACCAAUAUCUAAUAUUAGUAAUCCAAUUUACCCAGCCAUACCUUUAGCUGUGGCUCAAUACAUUAAUAAAAAUAACCCCGAAAUUUGCCAAGGAGCUGAAAAAUACUUCAACCCAUCAUCUUUUAAUAACUCUGCACAGAGCAUGCACCCAGAAUACCAGAAUUCCACUCCUUCUUCACCUUUGCACUCUAUGUCGGUAGCUACUGAGGCUUUGGCUUUACAACAAAGUGUCAUUGGGAAUUUUGGAGUGAAACCUGUUUCAGCGGACAUUGUGGCACAAGUUGUAGCGAAUACAAAACUUUUGAUGGAGAAAGGAAGUGUCAAAUGUGAAGCAUCUUCUCAAGAUACUAGAAAUUCAUUUAUAGCAGCCAGUAGCUCAGCCAUUGAAAGUAAUGGAAAAGUUGAGCUGAUUAGAUAUCCAUCUGAAAGCAUAUCAUCAACAGUAGAAAAGAGGUCAUGGUUUUCUAAUAGUAUAUCUCAUGAACCUAUAGGUGAGAUACCUGUGCCAAAGAAUGCAGCAAAAGUCUCAGCUAAAGAAAACUUUGUCAAUAGUAGAAGUAGUAGUCAAAGCAGUAUUAAUAGUUUACAAAGUAAAAGAAUUCACAAGUCUAGUGAUCCAGAAAUGCCAAAAGUUCAUUUUAAACAUUCUGUUAGUAAGCAUCCUGAUAGCCCGACCAAUGUGUUAGAUUCUCCAUAUGAACAGUAUCCUGAUAGCUCAGUAGAGUACGAAACAGAAUCCAGUAUAUCUGAAAAGUUUGAAAUGGAAUCAUUGUGUUCUGAAACUUUUGAAACUGAAUCAAACUUUUCAGAAAUAAGUGGUGUGGAUGAUGAAAUGUUCCAGAUCAGGAAAAAUCGAGCAUUGAAGACUUCUUCAAAUGAUACCGGUGAUCAAAAUAAUGCCUUAUAUAACAAAGAUGUAAUUUUUAAUAAUGUUAAAAGUUUAAACUCUUCCCAUAAUGUACUGACUUUUGAUAAAGCCACCGAAACUGAAGGUCAGUAUAACUUUCAAUUGUUGCGAGAAAAGGCAAAUCUGGAAGGCCGUUUAGAAACAGUUUCUAAAGAUCAAAAUGAAAUAGUCAAAGAAAGGGAUAGUUAUCGUUCGUUGUCAGUCUCGCUUGAAGUACAACUGAAAACACUCCAAAAUCAGCUUAGUGUUGCCAUAUCAGAGAAAAAAACUGCUUUGCGUCAGCUAGAAUCGCAAAGCAAGGAACAUAAAAAUUGGGAUAAUGUAAUAAAAGAAUAUCAAAACAUAAUUGAAACUAAAAAUUCCGAAAUCAAAGGUCUCAAGGAAGACUUAUCACAAAGUGAACAGGCACAUAUAAGAACCAAAAUUGGCCUGGAAGAAUUAAAAGUUGAAAUGGAUUCAAAAGAAGGUGCUGUGAAUGGGUUGAAAAAGAAAAUUGCAGAAUUGCAUGUAGAAGUCCAAGUUCUUAUGCAAGGAAAAAUCCAACUUGAAAAUGAAGUGAAAAAUAUUCGCUUGGAAAUGGAAACUUUGCAAAAGUCAAAAGACUGGUUUCAAGAGCAACUGCACAUAACUCAGGAAAACCGCAAUAAGUUACACCAAGAAUUGAUUCUGACUCAAAGUAAUUUAGUCAAUACCAGCAAUGAUCUUGAAAAGGUUACUGCAGAAAAGACUCAGUUGCGUCAUGAAUUGGUUCAUAUUCAGCAACGUGCAGUUACUGAAAAAGAGGUACUUAUGAAGAGGUUGGAAACGAUAGAAGCUGACAUGAAAGAGCGAGAGUCGCUGUUUGAUGAAAUUCAAAAGGACAAAGGUACUGCUGAAUCGGCUCUGGUCGAAAGGAUAAGGAAAAUUGAAGAAGAGAAAUCCCUACUUCAAAAUCAAGUAUUCACAAUGUCAGACAAAGAGUUUGAGUUAGAGAGCACAAAAAGUGAUUGUAAAGAAAAAGAAAAAAAUAUUUUAGCUUUAGAAAAAGAAAAGGCUGAGCUUAACAAGCAAGUAGCCAUCUUACAAAAGACAUCAAACGAUAAGGAUUUGAAUAUCCAGAGAUUAAUGCAAGAUGUCAAAGAUUUAAAUAUCAAGGUAAAUCAUUUGAACAUGUCAUUAUCCCAUUCAGAAGAAUUGAUUAAUUCGUUGAAAGACGAAAGGACUUCUGCUGAUGUUGCACUUGCUGCUGUAAAUGAAGAAAAGCGUACAAUUAAUGAAACUCUUAAAGCCGUUAGUGAAAACCUUAGCAAACUGAACUUUAAUUUUAAACACAUGAAAGCAGAGCUGGUAUCAAAAACUUCUCAGGCAGAACAGUUGCUGAAAGAAAAGCAGGUGUCAGAAGAAACGGUAAGAAAGCUUGAAGAAAAUAUUUUAUUUUUGAAGAAGGAGUUUGAACAACAGUCUCAUACAGAAAAUCAAAAUAGGGAUGUUAUGUUUGACGACUUGAAAAAAAGCAAAAGUGAUGUUGAAAAUGUUUUAAACGUUUAUAGCAAAGAUUUGCUGAAUUACCAGCAGAUUGUUGAAAAUCUUGCCCACCAAAAAGCAGAGCUUUCUAGUGAGAUUACCAGUUUGAAAUCCCUCAUUGAGGCUGACAGGCACAAGAUUCAAAAUUUGUCUGACGAGAAUGAAUCGUUAAGAAAAUCUCUUGAUGAGUUAGAAAAGAAGAAAGAGGGAUUGCAAAUUAAAAUUGAUGAGAGUCCUAACAGUGAUUUUAUAAAUUCAAAUGAAAAUGGUAGAAAACAAAUUGAAUUGAGAAGCAAAAAAAUUUUUUCUAGAAAAUUGAAAGAGAAAAUUAAGGAGUGUGAGCUCUUAAAGCAUGAAUUAGAGAUAAUAAAAGAGAGAAACUGUAUAAAAAGUGAAGAUUUUAAUAAUUCUUCUUUAGAAUUUCAAGACUUAACAAAUGAGAAAUCUGAGAAGAUGAAAACACUUGAGUUAGAGGCUGAGCUUGAGCUAUUAAAAAACAGUCUAGAAGAACAGAAUCUUAAGCAUAAAAAUUGUGAAGAAACAAUCCUUGAACUUGAAAAAGAAAAGGGGAAAAGAAUGGGCUUUGAAGACAAAUAUGAAGGUGUUAAGAAACAUUUAUUAGAAUUGGAGGUCUUGCUCAGGGAGAAAGAUUCUCAGAUUGUACAGACAAAUUGUCGUGCUCAAGAACUGAUUCGUCAACUUGAAGAACUGGAUUCAAAUUUUAAAAAUCAUGUUGCAUCUUUAGAAAGUGAUUUAAAUAAAGAAAAGAAUUUGGUUAAAAGCUUACGCCAACAGGUUUUUCAGGAGAAGAGAUCUAAUUCACAUUUGAAAAGAGAAAUUUCCUCAAUGAAAUCUGCAUUAGAACAAGCCAACCAAAUUUCAGAUUCCAAGAAACAAGACAUUACUUCUCUUCAGGCAGAGCUUUCAAUGAAAGUGCAGGCAGAACUGAAACAUAGGACUGAAAUUGAGCACUUCCAAACUGAAAUCCGAUUGCACCAGUCUGUUGUGGAGAAAAUGAAAAAGGAGCUUCAAGAAGUGAAGGCUCGGGAUCCUGCUCUUGCAGAACAGAUUAAAGCAUUGAGUUGGAGCUUGAAAGAAAAAACGAAUGAAAUAACUGCACUGAAGGAAAAGCAAGGUUUGAUGGCAAUGCGACAUCAAGCAGAAGUUGAUGGCUUGAAAAAAAGUUUGGAGUCACUAGAAAUGGAGCUAGAAAGUAUCAAAAUAGAGCUUAGUAAAACCAGGGAAGAAAAAUUCAACUAUCAAUCAAAGGUUAUUGAGCUGAGGAAAGCCUUGAAAUCCAAGUUAACUGAGUUGGAGGCAAAAGGUAUUCUCAGAGUUGAGAAUAAGACAUCUGGCAACGGACCUGUUCUUCACUUGAAUAUUCCGGAUCCCGAAGUAUCAUUUGAUGAAGCUUACAUUAAUAACCUUCUUCAGAAAAGCAUGCAGUUGUCUGAGAGCAGGCCUCUCAACAAUUUACAAGAAUGCCUUGAUUCUUUGAAAAAAGAAAUGGUAGAGCUUCAGAAGAAGAUUAUUGACAGUGCCGAUUUAUCAUAACCAAAUUUUUGUUUUAUAAAAAGUAUUUUAUUACUACAAUUGAUAUAUUUGUGAUACUGCCUUAUUUGAAAGAAAGCUUUAUGGACUUCAAGAAUGACAAUAGUCUUAAUGUUGUAGUCUUCCAUUUAGUAUUAACUUUUAAUUACUUCAUAUGUGUUACCUAUUUAUAUCAAGUCAUUGUUAAAAAAUUGUUGCUGUUGAAUGUUUAUUUUAAAAUUUUACUUUGACAGUCACUGUUUCAGUAGAAAA